AUGACGAGCGCAUCGGAGCUAUUCUACAACAGGAGGUCUCGUUUGGGUCGAAUCACCAACCCAAUCGACCUAGGCGGAGGUUUUGUUUCCUCUAUCGGUCGAAUUUCUCACCACAACCCCAACAAUCGUCGCAUCGAUUCUCGUCGUGAUCGACACAACGUGGACGGCUCUGAUCAUCUCCGGCUGUCUCCUAAUCUCAGACAUCACUCUCAUCGCACCCCUCCUUUUCAUAUCCAGGAGCAUCACCCAGUUCAUCUCGAUCAAGUUAGCAGCCAAUCUGCUUCAGGCAACACUUUCACCUCAGAAAAUAUUGGUGGCAUACAUGCGAGACAGAGGUAUAGUGGGAAUGACAGGCUUCCUGGAGCUGUGAUACUUGCGAGGGAAAGGCUUCUUCAGAGAUUAAGAAGUGUUUCCCAGUCUGGAAACAGGUCAGUGCUCUCAGAACAUACAGUUUUCAAUUUCUUCAAGCUUGUUAAUAUUUCAACUUCUGUGAUUGCAAAAUGGACUGUGUGCGUGCUAGAGCUUGCACAAUAUAAAAACGAGAACAGAUCUCUACCUUGGUGA